AUGCCGUCGCUACUCUCUCCCGGUAAAAUCCACAUACUAGAGAUCGAUAAUUUCAAAUCCUACAAGGGCUUACAAAGAAUCGGUCCCUUCUCUGACUUCACCGCAAUUAUUGGUCCCAACGGCGCCGGAAAAUCUAACCUAAUGGACGCAAUCAGUUUCGUUCUUGGUGUUAGAACCGGCCAACUCCGUGGUGCUCAAUUGAAGGAUCUCAUAUACGCCUUCGAUGAUAGAGAUAAAGAACAGAAAGGAAGACGAGCCUUCGUUCGCAUGGUUUAUCAACUCGCUAACGAAUCUGAAAUCAGGUUCACCAGAACUAUCACAUCAGCAGGAGGAAGCGAGUACCGUAUCGAUGACAGCGUCGUUACUUGGGAUGUCUACAAUGCUAGACUCAAAUCGCUAGGCAUUCUUGUUAAGGCUCGCAACUUUUUGGUCUUUCAGGGUGAUGUGGAAUCCAUUGCGUCGAAGAAUCCUAAGGAGCUUACUGGCCUUAUUGAGCAGAUAUCGGGAUCUGAUGAGCUCAAGAGAGACUAUGAGGAGUUUGAAGAAGAGAAAGCUAUUGCUGAGGAGAAAUCAGCACUUGUUUAUCAGAAGAAAAAGACAAUGGUUAUGGAGAGGAAGCAGAAGAAAGAACAAAAGGAAGAGGCGGAGAAACAUAUACGACUCCAAGAUGAAUUGAAAUCUAUGAAGAAAGAACACUUCUUGUGGCAGUUGUUCAAUUUAGAAAAUGAUUUUGUUAAUACAACUGAGGAACUUGAAGUUGAAAAAAGAAGCCGUGAAGGUGCUAUUGAAGAAUUAGAAAAAUUUGAAAAUGAAAUCAGUAAAAAGAAAAAAGAGCAAGCCAAACAUCUGAAAGAAGUUACGCUACGUGAGAAGAAAAUAACUGAGAAAAGCAACAAACUCGACAAGACUCAACCAGAGCUUCUUAAAUUAAAGGAGGAAAUGUCUCGCAUUAGUACAAAAAUAAAAAAAGGGAACAAGGAGCUUGUCAAAAAAAAGGAAGACCAAAGGAAGCAUGCCGUUGAGAUAGCAAAGCUAAAGAAUGAUAUUCAGGAUCUUACGGCAAAAGUGGAAGACGUGCAGGAAAAGAGUCGAAAUGUUGGUGGCCAGCUCAAGUUAGAUGGCAAUGACUUGGAAGAAUAUUAUAGAAUAAAGGAGGAAGCCGGGAUGAAAACCGCAAAGCUUAAAGAGGAAAAAGAACUGUUAGAUAGGCAGCAACAUGCUGACACUGAAGCUCAAAGGAAUUUGGAAGAGAAUCUUCAACAAUUAGAAAGCCGGGAGUCUGAGCUGGAUUCACAGGAAAAAAAACUGCGAGAAAGACUUAAAAAAAUUCUUGAUAGUUCUGCAAAGAAUAGGGAUGCUGUUGAAAAUUUGAAUAAAGAACUGCGUGAGAUGAAAGAAAAACAUAAUGAGUCCAAGAGAAAAUAUGAUAACUUGAAGAUAAGAAUUGGAGAAGUAGAAAAGGAUCUACGCGAAUUGAAGGCUGAUAGACAUGAAAAUGAGAGAGGUGCUAAAUUGUCUCAGGCUGUGGCGACUCUGAAGCGCUUGUUUCAAGGAGUCCAUGGUCGCAUGACCGAUCUUUGUAGGCCAACCCAGAAGAAGUAUAACUUGGCCGUUACUGUUGCUAUGGGUAAAUUAAUGGAUGCUGUUGUUGUUGAGGAUGAAAAGACUGGGAAGGAAUGCAUCAAGUAUUUAAAAGAGCAGAGGCUUCCUCCCCAGACAUUUAUUCCUCUACAAUCUAUUCGAGUGAAGCCAAUAAUGGAAAGAUUACGCACAUUAGGUGGUACAGCAAAACUGUUUGAUCCCCCCUUGGAGAAGGCAGUUCUAUUUGCUGUUGGGAAUACUCUUGUUUGUGAAGACCUUGAGAAAGCCAAACUUUUAAGCUGGAGUGGAGAGAGGUUUAAAGUUGUAACUGUGGACGGAAUUUUGCUGACGAAAUCCGGCACAAUGACUGGUGGCACUAGUGGUGGAAUGGAAGCAAGAUCAAAACAGUGGGAUGACAAGAAAUUUGAAGCAUAUGUUAAGAAAAAAGAGCAGUAUGAAUCGGAGCUGGAAGAGCUAGGAUCAAUAAGAGAUAUGCAUCUCAAAGAGUCUGAAUUAGAGGGGAAAAAAAGCGGACUUGAAAAGAAAAUUCAAUAUGCUGAGAUUGAAAAGAGGAGCAUUGAAGACAAACUUUUAAAUUUUAGUCACGAAAAGGGGACCAUCAAAGAAGAAAUUAAACGUAGUAGUCCAGAACUGAAGAAGUUAGGUGAUGCUGUUCAAAAGAGGAAUAUAGAAUUACUUACUCUUGAGAAAAGGAUAAAUGAGAUUACUGAUCGGAUAUACAGAGACUUCAGCAAGUCAGUUGGGGUUGCAAAUAUUCGUGAGUAUGAAGAAAAUCGACUCAAGGAUGCUCAAAAUGUAGCAGAGGAGAGGCUGAAGCUGAGUAGCCAACUUUCAAAGUUGAAAUAUCAGUUGGAGUAUGACCAGAAUCGAGACAUGAGUUCAAGAAUUCAAGAAUUGGAAUCUUCCGUAAGUGCUUUGGAGACCGAUUUAAAACGGGUACAGAACAAAGAGGCUGAAGCAAAGUUAGCAGCAGAGAAGGUUACCGAAGAGAUCAAUCAGUUGAAGGAUGAAGCUAAAGAGUGGAAAUCAAAGUCAGAGGAUUGUGAAAAGGAUAUCCAGGAAUGGAAGAAGAAGACUUCUGCAGCCACAACAAACUUAUCCAAACUGAAUCGUCUGAUAAACUCAAAGGAGGCUCAGAUUGAGCAGAUAUUGGGGCAAAAGAAGGAGAUAUCAGAGAAGUGUGAACUAGAGCAGAUUAGCCUUCCAACCAUAUCAGAUCCUAUGGAUACUGAUAGCUCAACUCCGGGUCCAGUUUAUGACUUUGAUAAACUCAGUAAAAAAGAUAAGAAACACUCUGGCAGGGAUAAAAUAGAGCUAGAUUUUAAGCAAAAAAUGGAUGCAUUGAUAUCUGAAAUCGAAAGAACAGCACCCAAUUUGAAGGCAUUGGACCAGUAUGAGGCUCUGCUUGAAAAAGAAAGAGCUGUAACUGAAGAGUUUGAAGCUGUUAGGAAAGAAGAGAAGGAAAAAGCCGAUAGAUUCAAUGUAGUAAAGCAGAAGAGAUAUGAUAUGUUCAUGGAUGCUUUCAACCAUAUAGCUGGUAAUAUAGAUAAAAUUUACAAACAACUUACGAAGAGCAACACACAUCCUCUGGGUGGAACAGCAUACCUAAAUUUGGAAAAUGAUGAUGAUCCAUUUCUACAUGGCAUGAAGUACACUGCUAUGCCACCAACAAAGCGGUUCCGCGACAUGGAACAACUGUCUGGUGGUGAAAAGACUGUUGCUGCGCUUGCAUUGCUAUUCUCCAUCCAUAGUUAUAGGCCUUCACCAUUUUUCAUACUGGAUGAAGUUGAUGCUGCAUUGGACAACUUGAAUGUUGCGAAGGUUGCUGGCUUUAUUCGUUCAAAAUCUUGUGAAGGAGCUAGGGUUAAUCAGGAUGCUGAUGGCGGAAAUGGUUUUCAGAGUAUUGUAAUAUCUCUGAAAGACAGCUUCUAUGACAAAGCUGAAGCGUUAGUUGGGGUUUUCAGGGACUCUGGAAGAGGUUGUUCGAGUACUCUCACAUUUGAUCUAAGCAAGUAUCAGGAGUCCUAA